AUGUCGACCAAGGAACUUGAGAGCCUCGACUGGGAGCAACUUCAUAAGAAUUUUGCUCACGCCAUGGAGGAGCAUGGACAAACUGAGGAUGAGCUGCGAGCCCGAAUUUCGAAGCUGCUCGAGGUUUUCAUGGCUUGGUCUCAGGUAACUGUUGUCCGGGACGAGGCAAGAGCACUAAAGAGAUUCAAGACACAAAUGCAGCACGUGCAGAAUUCAGAAGAGAGUCUAGAGAAGAGAAGACAACAUUAUGUUGAUGUUGUGAAGGCAUUUGAAAGCGCCCUUGCAUUGUUAAAUGAUCGAAUUAAGGCUUAA